AUGUCUGAACAACCCAGUAAGAAACUCUCGACGCCGACGGUGGCUUCCAAGAUGGACAGUGACGUCCAAGGUGACCUUGCAAAUGUGCAAGUCAUGUGGUCACCGGUUCGUACAUCACCUGAUGGGAAGGUCUACCAUGACGAUGUGGACAAGUACAUCGAAGAAAGAGAACGCGUGGAUCACUAUCUUCAGCAGCUUGCCGACAGUAGCUUCGACAUGAUUGGGAAAGCCAAGUACCGCCUUCGCUGCAUCAACGCGACUCGUGUGCAACGCGGGUAUCCUACACUUGCUGUGGAUUCCCAUGACUUCAUUGGACCUUGGCCGGUUCGUUACAGGAUGUCUGAUGGAUCCCCCCAGCCCCUUCCACCUGUGGAGGCGAACUACGACCAUUGCUUCAACAACAUCAAGCUCAUGCUACGUCUCUGCCUUCCUCAUCCGGUGAAUGACGUUGAACACAUGCAUCACUUUUGCGACAAAUUUGGUGUCAACAAGGCCGAGUAUCUUGCCAGAUACCGUCGUUACAUGGGGGGGAUCCACUUGCUCUCCUACGGUCUUGAUUUGGACAGCGACGACGAGGACUUUCCUGAUGAAGUAGUUGUCCCGCGAUUUCUUCCUUUGCCGGCUGUUGCAAGUCCACCCAGGACUCUAACUCGUGUGCUUUUUGUGGAGAAGGGCGAUGACCUUGUCCAGGAUGUUGCUGUCCAGGACGUUGCUGCGGAAGGAUCCGAUGACAAGCCUGACAAAAGCGAAGCUACCCUUGAAGUGAAGAGCGAUGAAAAGACUGAUGAAGAGACCGACGAUGAAAAGACUGAUGGUGGCUUUGAUAAAUUGUUGGCUCGUCCCUGCUCUUGGGUUCUAUCUCAGGUGCCCGAUGCAAAAGAUGAUGAAGAGUACACUUCCCCCCCAAAGAAAGCCAAGAUUGCUAAUGCCGAUGGUGUUAUCUUGUCUCCUUUGGCUAUGAAGUCACCUGGUGAAGACCGUUCGCCAUCCACGAACGAUGGAGAGGAGUCUGAGUCUGAAGGAGAAGAAAAUGAAUCCAAUGAAGGAGACGAUGAUGCUACCAGCAAAGAAGGUCUGGGUCAACUAACCCACAACAGCAGUGACGAAGAGGAAGACAGCGAUGAUGUUGGUGGUUCUGGCACUGGUGGUGGACAGCUCGAGUAUGCCGAGAGUGGAAGUAUUGUUUACUAG